AUGGAUUCAUCUAUCAGCGUCGACUGGCAAGCACUCAAGACGGGUGAAGUGAGCAUGGGAACCACAAUUGCGGCGCUCAAAUAUGACGGAGGUGUUAUUCUGGCUGCAGACUCGCGGACGACCACAGGCGCAUACAUCGCCAACCGCGUGACGGACAAAUUGACGCAGAUUCACGAGAAGAUAUGGUGUUGCCGGUCUGGCUCAGCUGCCGACACACAGGCAAUUGCUGACAUCCUGCACUACUACUUGCAGAUGUAUGAGGCUCAGAACGGCAAACCGCCGAGUGUCAAAAUCGCCGCCAAUAUGGCUGCAGAGAUGUGCUAUAGCAACAAGGACAAUCUGUCAGCGGGAUUGAUUGUGGCAGGCUAUGAUGAGAAGAGCAAGGGCGAGGUAUACAGCAUUCCGCUGGGAGGCUCACUACACAAGCAAGACUUGGCUCUCAGUGGCAGCGGGUCGAGCUACAUCUACGGCUACUGUGACGCCAACUUCAGGACGGGCAUGACUGAGCAGGAAGCCAUUGACUUCUUGAAGCAGGCUAUCGCCCAUGCUAUGGAGCGUGACGGUUCGUCUGGCGGUGUCAUUCGCAUGGCCACUCUGAGCGCACGCGGCGUCGAGCGUCACUUCUUUGCGGACGCCGAUAUUCCAGCCAUGUGGAAUGCACCUGGACCUCAUGCGUAG